CUCAAAUACGAACUUAUAUACAUGGUGUCCCACAUAGAACUGCAGCAAUUAAUUACUCAAAAAGUUGCUGUGGCAAGUCGUAAAAUUCUCAAAAUUGUACAAAAUUUCGUGCUAAAUAUGGAAAAUUUAAGAAUGUUCCGUCCUCAAAGUGGCACCUUCAGACAAGAGGCCGAAUUGGCCUCAAAAAGCCUACGUGAGCUGCAGUCUGGAAAACCUUUAGAACCUAUUGAAAGGUUGAGACACAUGUGCCUUUCAAGAGGUGCAACUGGAAUUUUAGGACUAGGCAGAAUGUUCAGGAGAAUGGAUGAGGAUGGCAGUAAAAAUUUGAAUUUUGAAGAAUUUUCUACUGGAAUGAAGGAAAGUGGGAUAGAUCUAACCGAAGAAGAAACGACAGAAUUGUUUAACAAAUUCGAUACCAAUGGAGAUGGCAGCAUUAAUAUGGAAGAGUUUCUAGUUCACCUCAGGCCGCCACUAAACGACACUCGAAAGAAAGUAAUUGAAGAAGCCUUUAAAAAAAUGGACAAAACUGGUGAUGGUGAAAUAACAAUAGAUGAUCUCAAGAAUGUCUAUAAUGUGAAAUACUCUUCACGUUACAUAACUGGAGAAGACACCGAAGAAGGCAUUUUGACGAAGUUUCUUGAAAACUUUGAAACGGGCGCUACCAAAGAUGGAAAGGUAACCAAAGAAGAAUUCUUCAAUUACUACGCUGCGAUCAGCGCGUCUAUAGACAACGACGGCUACUUCGACUUGAUGAUGCGCCAAGCAUACAGAUUGUAGAGUGAACUCUACUGUGAUUUAUUGUAACUUCGAUUUUAUGUAUACCGCACGUAUAUCCAGUAUGUAUCGCUGAAAUUACACAGCUCAAGCAUCUCAAGUAAUACAGGAAAGCAAUACUUGUUAGGUACUGGUGGCGAGUUUCGACAUAUGAUUCAUUUUAUCGAACCCAAACCCUUGAGUUGUGUAGUAUUAGUUGUAACAUAUUGUAUAAGCAGCAGUUUGUUGCACUAAGCUGCGUUUUAAUGAUGUUAUAAAAUAUCUGUUUAAUAUCGAUGAGAUUUUUAAUAACUGUUUUAUAAUUUUUUCCUAUCGUUGUGUACUCAUAUGAGAUCUUUUUGUGAUUUCCUGUUAAACCUAUCAAUAUAAUAUAUCGGCCACGUUGCUUGAUUCGAAAUAAACGUUUUUUUUUUUCACGAG